CCAACCAUGGCCAAUUUUGCUGUGAUGUUGUUCCUUUGACAACUGGUAAGAUUCGUGUAGGUGAUAGAGUUGAGGUGUUGGAACGCAUUCCAGAGGAAUACAAGCAAGGCCCUUUACCACCUACUGCUUAGAACAUUGAUGUCACAUGAUUAUCAUCAUCAUUACCUCAAAAAAGCAGGCCAUUGUUUUAUGCAGACUAAAGCCAAUAAAUUUAUUUUUUUUUCUUUUUUUAUUGUUUGAUCAUGUCAACUAAUUCAGAGCAUAAUAAGCCUAUUCCAUUUACAACAGAAGAGCCAGUGCGUAGAGAAUGGCUAAGGAAAGAAAUGCUAGAGAUAAAUGAUGCAAGUCAAGACCAAGAUACGUCUGAUAUCAGCAGUGAUCCAGAUUUGAGCGAUGAUCAAAACGCAAUAAAGAACAUAUCUGAAGAGAGUACUAAAUACACUGGCAAUGACAUGAUGACAUUGUUAUCUCGAGAAAUGAACGAAUAUCAAGAGAAACAAGAAGACGAAGUCGCUGCUUAUGAAAAAAGAGUUGCAGAAGCUGAUACAGAAGAAGAUUUACUAAGCAAUGAUCCCGAACUUUUACAGCGAACUGAAAAAAAUCGCAAUAUUCCGUAUGAGCCGAAGUCUUCUAGUUCUAAUACAUUACUCAAUGAGGCCAUACGGCGUGAGUUAUUGGUCUUUUCAGAUAAUCCUACUGUCAUUGAAGAACCCACCAAGCUUAGUGUCAUUCAAUAUUAUGGAGCAGGCAAGACUGGUAUUAUGCCCAUGGCUUAUCGUACGAAACGAAAAUCAAAAGCUUAUUUGGUUGCUUGCGAUUUUAGUAAAGAGAGUUUGUAUGCACUCGAAUGGACAAUGGGAACCAUGAUGCGUGAUGGAGAUGAACUUGAUGUUGCAACUGUUCUGAAUCGAGACGACAAUCCUGACAUAGUCACAGAAACUGGCUUGGAUCUCAAAUCAGAGCUUCAUGUUGUGUCUAAUGCUCUUAUUGUAGAAGCAAAAAAGCUUUUGAGCCAAAUGAUGCUCUUCAAUAUCACACUAAGAACACAUGUUGUGGUUGGACGAGUAAAAGAUAUGCUGAGGGCGUUGACAAGAGUACAUCAUCAUUAUACACUGUUAGUGUGUGGCAGUCGAGGUCGAAGCUCUGUUAGAAACCUGCUUAUGGGUUCUGUAUCUACUUUUUUGGUUCAUAAAUCACCAGUACCAGUAGCUGUUGUUCGUAGACAAAAAAGAAAAAGAAGCAAGUUCGACAAGGGCCCUUAGAGGUACAUUCCCUAAGUCAAAGUAUGUAUAUCGUAUUUCUGCUUAUGCUUUACUUAUGUGCAACAUU